AUGGACAUCCAACGGAAGCUAACUUGCGGUCCCCCGCCUACAGGAAGCACGCCCAAGGGUUAUGCCGACAUCGAAGACGAGCCGAUGCCUGACGUCGACGCGGGCGCGGGCGCGAACACUGCCGACGAAAAGGACGAGGACGUCGACGAGAACGAGGCCAGGGAAGAGGAGUCUGGUGACGAUGGAGAAGGCGCGGACAACGACGAUGACGGUGGUGAGGGCGACGAGGAGGAAGAGCACGACGAGUCAGAGGCUUCGGCCAAGGAGCCGACGCCGCCUCCGCAGCCCGUGAUCCGCCGGAAGCGCCUGGGACGCCCGCCCAAGAACCGGCCGCCGGACUGGGACAACAUGGUGACCGUCACCAAGGAGGAGGCCGACACGCCGCGCCGAAGAGGUCGCGGCGGCUGGAGGGGACGGGGUGGCCGCAAGGGAGGGCCGGCGGCGCCCAAGAUGGAGCAGGUGAUUGACGCCGAGGGAACCGUUGCCGACAUUGUCGACGACGAAUGCGUGCUGCCCGAGGACCCCGAAGGCGAGACCAAGGUGGAUAAGAUGGGCAACCUGAAGGGCGGGCGCGAAUACCGCUGCCGGACGUUCAAGGUGCUGGGCCGAGGCAAUCGGCUCUACAUGCUGUCGACGGAGCCGGCGCGAUGCGUCGGCUUCAGGGACAGCUACCUCUUCUUCACCAAGCACCGCAAGCUGUACAAGAUCAUUGUGGACGACGAGGAGAAGCGCGACAUGAUUGAGCGGGACAUCAUCCCCCACUCGUACAAGGGCCGGUCAAUAGGAAUCGUCACGGCCCGGUCGGUGUUCCGCGAGUUUGGAGCCCGGAUCGUCGUGGGCGGCAAGCGCAUCAUUGACGACUACGCCGUGGCGCAGGCUCGCGCGGAGGGCGCGGUCGAGGGAGAGCUGGCGGACCCGGAGGAUCGUUAUGUGGUGGGAGAGCCGUACAACAAGAACCAGUACGUUGCGUGGCACGGCGCCAGCUCAGUGUAUCACACCAACGCCCCUUCAGCGCCGGUGCCCACUGGCAAGGUCGAGUCGAAGAAGCGCAAGGUCAACGUCAACGACACCAACUGGAUGCUGGAGCAUGCGCGAGAGGCCAGUGCUUUCAACGCGGGCAUCAAUGCUAUCAGGAAGCUGAACAAUGCCGGCGUCUACGACAUUCACACAAACAUCAUGCAGUAUCCGGCCGCGAUGCAGCCAACACUCGCGCGCAUCGAGCAAGUGGCGCCACAGGACGAAGAGGCCACCAGAGGCGAUCCCAAGUUCCCCCCGGUUCCUCUCAAGAUGGCCAGGAACUUUUGCGUCAUGGACACGUACUUUGAGACGCCAGCGGCAGGCGGAGCGCUGUCGGCCAGCAAGAGGUCGGAUCCGGCAGACUUUGUCGCGCAGUUCAACGGGCUGAGCGCCGUGUCGGAUGAGAUUAAGGAUCUGCUGCCUCCGGAAUGCCGCGAGGCUUUUGACAAGGCGCUGCAGAGAGAGGAGGAGUGGAGAUCACGCUGGGGUCCCGAGGCAACACACAUGUCGCGGAGGGAUCCCAUCAUUGACAAGGCCAUUGUUCCAUACAAUAUGACUGGAUAA